GCCUACUUCUUGGUGAAAGCUUAUGUUUUUUAUGCUGAAAACAGCCGUCGUGUCAGAGUUCACUCGCAAACUGCAAAGCUGAGGCGCAACUCUAUCUUUGUAGCUGCAAUUUGUAAAGAAAUGCUGCAUCACAUAGACUUGCAGUAGACUGGGGAGCUCGCUUGUGAGCGGCGACGCUUUGCUGCGCAGCGAAUGCUGCACGCGACCGCCUGCGGCUCCGCGGAGCUUCGCAUAGUGAGGAGCAUUAGUACUGUACAUUAUGGGAACGUCCGCGCCGGUCAGCCAGGCGCAGGGGUCAGCUGCGUGCAUGGCGUCGUUGGCCAGGGCGGUCCGAAGCACCCAGCCAGGCUCACGCCGCUGGCUGCGGAGCCACGCAACCGUCGCUUCAAUCGUGACAUACUAGACAACGUGGACGCUGCUGGUCCGGACGGCUAUGGUCCAGCCCAGUUCGGCGUGGGCCCACCGGUACCCGACGCCGACCGUGCUGUUGGCGGCAACCCCUCAACACCACCAGCAGCAGGCGCGGUGCCUGGAUGGGACGACGCGUCUGCAUCACCCUACGGUGGUGCUGGGCCAUACGACCCAGCCACCGGCGAGGUGGGUGCAAGCAGCAGCGCCGCGUGGGCGGGUGCGCGGGGCGGGGCGGCCGGCGCCGCUGCUGACCCGUAUGCUGGCAGCUCCGCACGGGGCCAGGCCUGGGACCCAGAUGCCGCCAGCCGCAGCGGUGCACCAUAUAGCGGCAACGGCGAUGAGACAGGCACAAGUACAUCUGGUGCAGCAGCGGCAGGGUACGGGGCCGGCUACAGCCAAGGCGGCUGGCCAACCAUGUCAGACGCUGGGGCUGGCGCCGCCGCCGGCAACGGAGCCGGCGGCUGGUACGGCUACGACCCCGGGUACGGCGGCGGCGCCGGCACCAGCGAAGGCGCAGAUGUAGGGACAGGGCCAGGAGCAGCCUACGCUGCAGGCCGCGGGCCUGGCAGCUACCGCGCGCCGGGCAGUGGUGCGGCGUACUUCGGCCCGCGCGGGCAAGCCCAGCCGCAGGCCCAGCAGCCCCAGGAGCCGCCUGCGCCGGGGCCGCUUGGCCCUGGCACUGACGGGGGCCGCGGAGCCAACGGGUUCACCAGCAGCGGUCCUGGCCGCGGCUUCGGUGCCGGCCCCAGUGCCGCUGGCGCAGGCAGCUUCUUCGGCAGCAGCGGGUUCUUCGGUGCAGAGGGCGGCGGCUGGGACGCCUCGGACGGCUGGGGCGUGGCGGACAAAUUGACGGACUGGGGCGGACUCACGGCGUCGGGCGAGGGCAGCGGCUGGAGCGACGACGACACGCCGCCCUCCGCGUCAGCAGCGCCGCCGGGGGCAGGGGCGGCGCGAGGAGCAGGCCGGCGGGAGGCAGCCGGGCGAGGGGCGCAGCAACAGCAGGAGCAGCAGCAGCAGCAGCCGUACGGUCCCGGACCGGCGGAACCCGGAUCCAGUGCGGAGGCGUCGGGAUCCAGAUCCUCCUCGUACGACGUACCGCCGCCGUACAUGUCGGGCGACGGUUGGGACGAGGCGGCGGGGCGCGGGGCGGCGGCGGGUGCGGCUGGGCCGGGGCCGGCGGGGCCGCGCUUCACCUCGUAUGCGUCGGCGGCAACGGGGCCAGGGCCUGCGGGUAUGGGUGCGCUGCAGCCGUCUGACAUCGUGCUGCUGUCGGGGCGGGACGCGUCGUCCAUCCUGCCUCUGGCGCCCACAUCAGGCCAGGUGGACUACUUCCAGCCGCGCAGCCUGCAGGAGCGUGUGGUGCAGUACCUAGGCAGCCUGGGCGCCAGCGUCAUCCUGUCCAAGGCGGCGGUGCUGGCGGGCCCGGCGCUGCUGUACCCCAUCUGGAGCCCCUGGAUCCGGGCGGGGCUGCGCAACGUGGACCUGUACUCGCAGUCCUUUGCCGCCAUAGGGCUGUGGCGGGCGCAGGUGCUGGAUGUGGCCAUCACGGGUCUGGGCGGCCUAGGGGCGCUGCUGGGGGGCGGCGGCGGCAUGGCGGCCUCGGCGCCGUCCGUGUCGCUCAUCAUCGGCGACCCGUGGGCCGGCGGCGCGCGAGCCACCCUGUUCCUGCCGUACGUGCCCAGGGCUGAGAACAUCCGUGUGGGCGACAGCGUGGAGCUGCUGGUGCUCAGCCGCGACGACCGCUUCACAGCAUUCAAGGUGGUGCGCGAGGUGUACUUCCCCCAGAGCGGCGUGUGGCUGUGCGACUACCCCUUCCUCAACCGCGACCUCUUCGCGGCCGUCUCCAUAGCCGUGGAGCAGGAGCGCCGCGCGGCGGCGGGCGGGGCAGCGCCGGCGGAGCCAGGGGCGCCGUGGCCGGGGGCGGGCGCAGGGCCAGGCGGAGCAGGGCCUGCCGGCUAUGCCGGCUACGGCGCGUACGGCAGUAGCAGCGGCGGCUACGGGGGUGUGUACGGCGGCAGCUACGGGGGCGCGUACGGCAGUGGCAGCAGUGGCCCGCCGUACUACGACGUGCCAACUGGUGCGGGCGGCGCGCCCGGGGAGCAGCCAGGCUGGUCGACAGUGGGGGCCGGGUGGGCGCCGGGGCCGGAGCCAGGGGCUGCGCGCCUAGCUGAUGACAGUGGCCCCCAGGGCUUUGGUGCGGCUGGCAGUGGGUAUAGGGAUGGGUAUGCAUUUGGGAAUGGGAAUGGGUAUGGGUACGGAGGAGAAGCGGGAGCGGGGGCACCUUCUGCCGCGUUUGGGGCGGGCGGCGACUGGCCUUCGGCGGGUGAGGCGAGUGCCCCGCAGGCGGGUGCCCGGGAUGCGCCCACGGCGGCCGCAGGCGGCGAUGCGCCACCGGCGCGCGUCAGUGCGGUGCCGCCAGCGGGGGCUCAGGGUGGAAGCAAUGGGUUGGGAGGCAGUGCGUCCAAGGUGGGGGCGGCGGGGGCGUCUGGUGCCGGUGCCACGUUGCAAGGCGGUGCUGCGGGCGGGGACGGAGGCGCGAGCUCUGGGAGGGGCAGUGCAGUAGCCUCCAAUCCCGGUGCCGCGCAGUAGGCAGUGAGCUGUUGUUUUGUAUUGGAAGGAAAUGGGGUCAGCCCUCUGCGGCUCUGCCUCCCCUAACAGCGUUGUGAGCGCUAUAGCGACGCUGCGAGCCUGUUUUCUGGACGCUGGUGUGUGCUGUGUGAGAGGGCUUCCCAUGCCGAAAGGGAGGCCGAGAGGCUUUCUUGGCUUGAUCUGCGGCUCAGGACGGGCCAGAAGUUCAGCACAUGCUUUGCAGUCCUAACUGUAAUGCUGUGUCUGC